ACUUAUUAGCUUCUCAAAAUGAGCCCUAAUCGUUCUCCUUUUGAAUCAGUUCAGCAUUACCUGAUUGAAGAUGAUCCUUGUUCCUUCAUGACUGUCAUGAAUGGCUCCUUCACGGCGGCCGGCAACCCUACUUCCAACUUGAACUGCGACAUGGCUUCGCCGGAUCAGGGUGCUACUAGCUCCAGUGUUACGGUGUUUCCUGGUGAGAAUAACCACACUGUGAAACCAGGUGGUGAUAAUUGCGUUAAUGGAAAUGAUGCAGGAACCGUGGCGCGUGAGCAGAACGCGCCACCUAGAUGGAGGAAUUACCGAGGUGUGAGGCGUCGGCCGUGGGGGAAGUUCACAGCGGAGAUCCGGGACCCAAAGAGGAACGGCUCAAGGACAUGGCUCGGAACCUAUGAGAGCGAGGAGGACGCAGCUUUGGCUUAUGAUAGAGCUGCUUUCAAGAUGCAUGGCAGAAAAGCCAAGCUCAAUUUCCCACACCUUAUUGGAUCCGAGCCACCGCCGGAGCCGGCAAGAGUAGUCAUUAGAGAGAAGCGGCGCAGCUCGCCGGAACCUUCGUUGCCGUCGAACUGUACAUCUGAGGAUGAUGGAUCUCAAGGAUCAAGCAAGAAGAAAAGCCUGGCCGGUCUAUUGAACAAGUUGGCAACAAAUAGAAGCCACGUCAGAUUCUUUGGAUACUAAAUUUAACAAAAUAUAUCAUUCAUUUAAAGUACUAUCAUCCAGUUUCGUGCUUAGCUUGUUCAUCGUCAUGUACUAGU